CAGAGGAGCCUGGUGUGUGACUCUGUGAUUGUGCAGAAGAGAGGAGCCUGGUGUGUGACUCUGUGACUGUGCAGAAGAGAGGAGCCUGGUGUGUGACUCUGUGAUUGAGCAGAAGAGAGGAGCCUGGUGUGUGACUCUGUGAUUGAGCAGAAGAGAGGAGCCUGGUGUGUGACUCUGUGAUUGAGCAGAAGAGAGGAGCCUGGUGUGUGACUCUGUGAUUGAGCAGAAGAGAGGAGCCUGGUGUGUGACUCUGUGACUGUGCAGAAGAGAGGAGCCUGGUGUGUGACUCUGUGAUUGAGCAGAAGAGAGGAGCCUGGUGUGUGACUCUGUGAUUGUGCAGAAGAGAGGAGCCUGGUGUGUGACUCUGUGAUUGUGCAGAACAGAGGAGCCUGGUGUGUGACUCUGUGAUUGAGCAGAAGAGAGGAGCCUGGUGUGUGACUCUGUGAUUGUGCAGAAGAGAGGAGCCUGGUGUGUGUGACUCUGUGAUUGUGCAGAACAGAGGAGCCUGGUGUGUGACUCUGUGAUUGAGCAGAAGGGAGGAGCCUGGUGUGUGACUCUGUGAUUGAGCAGAAGAGAGGAGCCUGGCGUGUGACUCUGUGAUUGUGCAGAAGAGAGAAAUUUUGAAAACCGCAAAUUCCUCUUCCAAGAAGUGCAGUCGCCUGCCCGUAGCUGCCGGUCUCCAGUGAAUACAUCCUGCUUUGCUGCUCCCCAGUCCAUAUUGCACAGAUAAUGUACAGACUGCGAUACGUAUUCCAGACCCACCCCUGGGCCACGAACGUAGUGGCGUACAGCACCCUAUUCGCCGGGGCGGACCUGCUCCAGCAGUGCAUGCUGGGAGACAAGGAGGCGGGACCCCAGGGGGAGGCGGAGCCUCUUUCGAAGGGCGUGGUCGCUGGACAGGAAGCGCUCUGGUCAAGGGUGGACUUCUCCCAAACAGCCAAAGUGGCUUUGAUUGGAUUCUGCUUCCAUGCCAACUUCAAUUUCUAUUGGUUGAGAGCUUUGGAGAGGGGGUUUCCAGGGGGAGGAGCUAGAAACGUUGGGAAAAAAGUGGUUGUUGAUCAACUGGUGGCGGCUCCAGCGACCAUCACUGCGUUUUAUACUGGUUUGAGUGUUCUGGACAGAAAGGAGGAUGUUUUUGAGGAUCUGAGAAAUAAAUUCUGGCCGUCCUACCAGACUGGGCUUGUGUACUGGUCAGCCGUGCAGGCAGUCAACUUCUCCCUCGUUCCCCCUGUCGUACGGACCGCCUUCAUCGGAGGCUGUGCCUUCGUAUGGACCGCUUUCCUGUGCUAUCUCAGGCAGCACGAUACAGACCGAGGCCUGCAGGCCUUACUCCGGUCCAUAUCGAACUGUAUCAGCCCUGCCAGGGGCGACAGGGCCAAGCUGGAGAAAUAAAACACAGCAAACACUGAGAGCAUUGCAGCACAGAGUACACCAGACCCUAAACACAGCAAACACUGCGAGCAUUGCAGCACAGUGUACACCAGACCCUAAACACAGCAAACACUGAGAGCAUUGCAGCACAGAGUACACCAGACCCUAAACACAGCAAACACUGAGAGCAUUGCAGCACAGAGUACACCAGACCCUAAACACAGCAAACACUGAGAGCAUUGCAGCACAGUGUACACCAGACCAUAAACACAGCAAACACUGAGAGCAUUGCAGCAGUGUACACCAGACCCUAAACACAGCAAACACUGCGAGCAUUGCAGCACAGUGUACACCAGACCCUAAACGCAGCAAACACUGAGAGCAUUGCAGCACAGUGUACACCAGACCCUAAACACAGCAAACACUGAGAGCAUUGCAGCAGAGUGUACACCAGACCCUAAACACAGCAAACACUGAGAGCAUUGCAGCACAGUGUACACCAGACCCUAAACACAGCAAACACUGAGAGCAUUGCAGCACAGUGUACACCAGACCCUAAACACAGCAAACACUGCGAGCAUUGCAGCACAGUGUACACCAGACCCUAAACGCAGCAAACACUGAGAGCAUUGCAGCACAGUGUACACCAGACCCUAAACACAGCAAACACUGAGAGCAUUGCAGCACAGAGUACACCAGACCCUAAACACAGCAAACACUGAGAGCAUUGCAGCACAGUGUACACCAGACCCUAAACACAGCAAACACUGAGAGCAUUGCAGCACAGUGUACACCAGACCCUAAACACAGCAAACACUGAGAGCAUUGCAGCACAGUGUACACCAGAC